AUGGUAGAUGUUGUGUUAUUGGUGAAUGCAGAUGAGAAUUUCAUGACCAACGGCGACCUAGAUGCAGUUUUGGAUUGGAUACCUGGCCUUCCAAAUAUCCGUCUAAGGGACUUACCCUCCUUCAUUAGGACAACCAAUCUUAAUGAUCCCAUGUUACAAAUGUGCGUGGUUGAAAGCCCUUUUUCUCUAAAAUCUCAGGCUAUCAUUCUCAACACAUUCGAAGAAUUAGAGAAACCUGUUCUCGAUGCCAUGAGAGAAAGAAUCCGUUGCCCAAUUUACCCAAUCGGCCCGUUUGCAAGCUUUAGCCAAAGUGAAUCCAAUGACCAUUUACAGUUGGUUUCUACGAGUCUUUGGAAAGAGGAUGCUUGUGAAGAAUGGCUCAACGACAAGAAACCUAAGUCAGUUGUGUAUGUGAGUUUCGGCAGUACGACAGUUUUAACACCCAGCCAACUUAAUGAGUUUGCUUGGGGUCUCGCAAAUAGCCAAAGGCCUUUCAUAUGGAUCAUUCGCGAAGAUCUCGUAAUUGAAGAAUCGGCAGCAUUAGAAAAAGCAUUUGUCAAAGCAACUAAAGAAAGAGGGCUAAUCUUGAGUUGGUGUAACCAGAUGAAAGUACUGUCACACCAUGCAAUUGGUGGCUUCCUAACUCACAAUGGGUGGAAUUCUACAAUUGAGAGCAUUUGCAAUGGCGUGCCCAUGAUAUGUUGGCCCUUCUUUGCGGAUCAACAAACAAAUUGCAGGUACGUUUGCAAGGAAUGGGGCCUUGGGAUGGAGAUAAACAAUGAUGUUAAGAGGGAGGAGGUGGAGGCAUUGGUGAGAGAGUUGAUGGAAGGAGAGAAGGGUAAAGAGAUGCAGUUAAAGGCCAAGAAAUGGAAAAAGAUGUCAAAAAAUGCUGUUCAAUUUGGAGGUAGCUCUUAUAAUAACUUAGAGAGGCUUAUAAAGCAAGUGCUUCUAGAGAAACACUGA